CGCGGAGUAGCGCGAGGAGAGGAGGGGGGGUCGAGGCGAGGCGAGGGCAGUAGACACACGGCGCGGGCCGAGGCCAACAACUUUUCUUUUUUUAUUUUGUUUUAAUAUUUCCGUUCCAACCGGUCUGUUAAUUAAUGAAGAGCGGAAUUGCCCUUAGAAAUGUCGCACGGGAACCAGAGGUCAAAUUAACUCCGGUCCGGAGAACAGACAGAACGGGACCAGAAUUCACUCCGCCUGCCUUUUCGUCCGCCGUGAUUCGCCAGAUCAGACCACACGGACGGACGCUGAAGUUGCCGUUUCUCCCCCAGGUUCUGGCCUCCCGGGAAUAACGUCUAUCUCAUCGACCGUUAACCUGUUGGUAUUAAUUAACACCAUUUUUAAUCGGGUUGGAACUUUUACCUACUGGCCGAUAGGAGUUUCAGUUCGCCUAAAGGACAUAGCGCCCCCACCCAACUUUUUCCGCUUCGUGUGUCUUUGCUCCCCCACACUGUGUGACUAGUGGUCCGGUCCGCCCGGCCUGCAACAGAGAGAAAAGACUGUUCCAGCUCCUAUAGGGGAGAAGGAGACGUUUUUUUUAUUUCCUGAAGUUUUUGUCUAUGGUCCUUUUCUCUAUAUGUUGCGGUAAACUAGGGGUAAUGAGGACUAUCUAACCGGACGUCGGUGAGCCACAAGACACACCGUUCUUUCUCCGGGUUCAGAGGUCAUCAUGGCAGGAGCCUCGGUGAAGGUGGCGGUCCGUGUGCGACCUUUCAACACCCGGGAGACCAGCCGAGACGCCAAGUGUGUUAUCCAGAUGCAGGGCAACUCCACCUGCAUCUCUAACCCCAAACAGCCGAAGACUGAAGCCAAAAGUUUUACCUUUGACUACUCUUACUGGUCGCACACUACGCCAGAGGAUGAGGCAUUUGCCUCCCAGCGCCAGGUAUAUAAGGACAUUGGGGAAGAGAUGUUGCUCCAUGCCUUCGAGGGAUACAAUGUCUGUAUCUUCGCUUAUGGACAGACAGGAGCAGGGAAGAGUUAUACCAUGAUGGGGAGGCAAGAGGAAGGACAGGAGGGGAUCAUACCACAGUUGUGUGAGGAUCUGUUUAAGAGAACAUUUGAGAACAAAGACCCUGAUCUCUCCUUCUCAGUAGAGGUGUCUUAUAUGGAGAUCUACUGUGAGAGAGUGCGAGACCUCCUAAACCCUAAGUCGAAGGGUACACUCCGUGUGAGGGAGCACCCUAUCAUGGGCCCAUAUGUUGAGGACCUGUCCAAACUGGCUGUAACCGGUUAUAACGACAUACAGGACCUUAUGGACUGUGGAAACAAAGCCAGGACGGUGGCGGCAACCAACAUGAAUGAAACAUCAAGUCGUUCUCAUGCUGUCUUUACCAUCGUGUUCACACAGAGACGGAGAGAUCAGCUUACUUCGCUAGAUACAGAAAAGGUCAGUAAGGUGAGUCUGGUGGACCUGGCGGGGUCAGAGAGAGCUGACUCAUCGGGGGCAAAGGGCAUGAGGUUAAAGGAAGGAGCCAAUAUCAAUAAGUCCCUCACAACCCUGGGGAAGGUCAUCUCUGCCCUGGCUGAAAUGCAAAACAGUAAGAAGAGGAGAUCAGAUUUCAUCCCCUACAGAGACUCAGUUCUGACCUGGCUACUGAAGGAAAACCUGGGGGGGAACUCUAGAACAGCCAUGAUUGCAGCUCUUAGUCCAGCCGACAUUAAUUAUGAAGAAACACUUAGUACACUCAGGUAUGCAGACCGUGCUAAACAGAUCCGCUGUAAUGCUGUCAUCAAUGAGGACCCCAACGCCCGACUGAUCAGAGAGUUGAAGGAGGAAGUCAACCGGCUGAGAGAUCUGCUCUUCUCACAGGGUCUCUCUAAACUCCUGACUACUACAGGUGCAGAGAUGAAUAACAAUAACAGCCCUGCAAGUGUGGCUGCUUCACCGACCAACCUCUUAAUCGCUGUUAACGGCCAAUCAGAAGUCCUUCACCUCACCAAUCAGAGUCCUGACCAGGAUUCUAACCUUGACCCUGAUAGAGACCCGGAUCACAUGACAGAAGACUUUGCUGAGGGGGAGGAGUUUGUUGAGACCAUCAGUAAAGAGGAAGUGGCUGAGAGGCUGGAGGAAACUGAGAAGAUUAUUGCUGAAUUGAACGAGACCUGGGAAGAGAAACUGAGGAAGACUGAGUCUAUACGACAUGAGAGAGAGUCCCUGCUGGCUGAGAUGGGUGUGUCCAUUAAAGAGGAUGGGGGAACCGUCGGAGUGUUCUCCCCGAAAGGGACUCCUCAUCUGGUGAAUUUAAACGAGGACCCUCUGAUGUCAGAAUGUCUCCUCUACUACAUUAAAGAAGGGGUCACCAGGGUGGGCCAGAGGGAGGUGGACAUCAGACUGUCUGGUCAGUUCAUCAAGGAGAAGCACUGUAUCUUCAACAGCCACACCAACCAACAGGGAGAGGUCAUAGUAACCCUGGAACCUCUGGAAGGGGCGGAGACUUAUGUAAACGGGAAGCAGAUCACAGAACCACUUGUCCUGAAACAAGGUAACCGCAUCGUAAUGGGGAAGAACCAUGUGUUUCGAUUCACGCACCCAGAGCAGGCCCGUCUAGAGAGGGAACAGAGAGAGAGAAGCAGUACCAGCCCCGGCCACCAGGGGACAGGCUGCACUACCAACACUGACCUCCAGGGGGAGCCGGAAGACUGGACAUACGCACAGAGAGAACUACUAGAAAAACAGGGGAUAGAUAUCAAACUUGAGAUGGAGAAAAGACUGCAGGAUAUGGAGGUUCAGUACCGCAGAGAGAAGGAGGAGGCAGACCUGCUGCUGGAGCAACAGAGACUGUACGCUGAUUCAGACAGCGGAGAUGACUCUGAUAAGAGGUCCUGUGAGGAGAGCUGGAGAUUGAUCUCUUCCCUCCGAGAGAAACUACCGGCUAACAAGGUGCAGUCAAUAGUGAAGAGGUGUGGUCUUCCCAGCAGUGGUAAGCGUCGGGAACCUCUACGCGUCUACCAGAUCCCUCAGCGUCGACGGAUUAGCAAAGACCCCAAACGGGUCACCAUCAGCGACCUCAGGAUGCAGGCAGUCAAGGAGAUUUGCUACGAGGUUGCCUUGGGGGAUUUCCGCCACUCCCGGCAGGAGAUCGAGGCUCUGUCCAUCGUCAAGAUGAAGGAGUUGACUCGAAUGUAUUCUAAACGAGACAACAUGGAGAAAGACAGCUGGCGGGCUGUUGCCCAAGACGUCUGGGAUACAGUGGGGAUAGAAGAGGAGCGAAGGGAGGAGGGGGAGGAGGGGGCGGGAGAGGGCGGUGUGUAUGACCUGAAGGCCCACAUUGAUAGGCUGACGGAUGUUUUGCAGGAAGUGAAAAUUCAGAAUAAUAUGAAGGAUGAAGAGAUAAAGGCUCUGCGAGACAGAAUGGUUAAGAUGGAAAGUAUUAUACCAACUGGACAGGAGGAGGGUAUGGAGGAUGACGAUGAGGAAGGGGGCGUGUCUCGGGAUGAUGGCGUCGGGGCUGUUGAUGAUGGACCGCUCAAACCGCCCAAUGAAAAGAGAGUAACUAAGUUGAUGACAGAAGACCCAGCUUUCAGAAGGGGAAGAAUGAGAUGGCUCAAACAGGAACAGGCCAGGCUUCAGAACCUCCAGCAGCAGAACAUUACAAAGAGACUCCGUCAGAACAGCCAGAACCCCAGUGGCCCAAACACCCCUCUGAUCCCGGUACACCCCCCUCCUGCGAUCCACCUUCCAGGGACCGGGCGCUUUAUCCCCCCCCAGGACUGUAAGCUCAAAUUCCCCUUUAAGAGCAACCCUCACCACCGUCUGUCCUGGUCCCCCUCCACAGCCCUGAUGAUGCUAGGGGAGGGGGGGGGUGAUGGAGGGCAGGCGGGAGAGGGGGAGGAGGAUGGCAAGGCAGGCGGAACAGAGGAGGAAAGGAGGACCAGUGGAGGCGGUAAAGGUUCUCCUUCUCCUCCUCCUGGUCUCCUCCCUCUCCCAUUCCAGAUGGUCCCUCGAGGUCGAACCCCCUCACCGCACCACACCUGGCAACAGCACCGUAGCAACAGUAACCACAGGAACCCGCACUUCCCUGUCCCCAUGCAACAGCAGGGACCACCACCUCGGAGAUACAGACGGAACUCUCUGGACAGCUCCCCGAACGGACAGAACAAUCACCAGGGCAACAACUACCACGGAAACCCCAACAAUGGAGAUGGUCACCAGGGGAGACCGCGGUAUCGUCGAGGAACAUCGCCAGGGCCCGGAGGGAUGGAGAGAGGAGAGUGGGAGCAGAGAGGAGGAGGAGAGAGGGAGCAGAGAGGAGGAGGAGAGAGGGGACUGUUUCAGCAGGGGGGAGGAGGAUUCCAUCAGUACCACCAUCACCCCUACUACCAUCCCCAGUUUAUCCCCCAACACCAGGCCCAACACCAGGCCCAACACCAGGCCCAACACCAGGCCCAACACCAGGCCCAACACCAGCACUACCACAGCCUUCCACGCAACCACCACCACCCACCACCAGGGGUCGACGUGCCGCCACGAGGAGGGGGUUGGGUGCAGGGGGGCUACAGCACCCCGCCUCGUAUGAAGAGGCAGUUCAGUGCCCCUGAUCUAAAGAACAAAGAGACCCCUGUCUGAUCUCUCACCUCUGACCCCUGACCUCUAACUUUACAGAAAAAGACCACCUUCUGGUACACUACAUAUCCACCACACUGUUUAUGAGCUGUCCUAACACUACAUAUUGAGGUUAUAAAUGAUGCUAUUACACAACAUGAUGACAUUGGGAUAAUGUAGAUUGAACUUUUCACUCUGACUUAGGGGUGUGUGUGUGUGUGUCAGCGCUCUGUUUAACGCACAACAAUGAGUCUGCACACAGUGCCACACGCACAACGCCAAAUAUUGACACACAGUGUGUGUGAUCCUGCUGUGCUUUGCAUGCUCUGUGUGUGUGUGUGUGUGUGUUUGUAUAUGUGUGUGUGUGUGAUUUUUAUGUUGACAUUUGAUUCUUUGUCAUUUUUAUCAUAGUUCUGAGGGUUAGGUAUUUGUGUUGAGUUCAGCUGUUCUCUUUUAGUUUUUCUUGAUACAUUUUUAUGCACCCGAAGCAAUUUCUAGAAACUAUUUCUAUUCUAUAGAUAAUUUCUAUAUAUAUUUAGAUUUGGUGUUUCUCUGAACAGACAGAUGUUUCUGUGUUGUUUUAUUCUGCCAGAUGCCUUAAAUAGACGCCAUGAUGGUUUAGCAUACUAGCCUGUUAGCAUAUGUUAACCAGAGUAACUACUUUAGCAUCAUAAUGAUAACACACUAGCCUGCACCAACUUGCUUAGCAUGUCUUAACCUGAUGGCCAGAUAGGCAUUCAUUAGCCUCAUGCUAGUGGGACUCAUGUGUUAGACUAGAGCUCUUGUGUUAGCAUGGGUUAGCAUUGUUGUUAUCAUGUUGCGUAGCUGUGCUGAACCCCAAAGAGAUUAGAGCAGCAAGGAGAGAGGUCUAUGGCAGAGCCCCCUGGUGGCUGGGAGCAACUACAGUACACUCAGACCCGCUCACCCCAGCUCAGAUGCUGAAUACAGCUGCGCCUGUUCAUACAGAUCAGUUAUGCACCUGGUAACAGGACAGGUAUCAGGUUAGAUAUAUACAUGGAACCAGCUGUCUGGACAGAGGCCAGGUCCAACCUGAUAAAGUGACCAAACCCUAACACCUAUUGUCCAUACGCUGCUUUAGGAAGUUAAACAGGUAUGUGUCAUCUGUGAUGUCCAUUGGGUUGCUUAGCAACAACCACGAAGGGUAAAGAAAGCUUCAGGACUUAAGAGAGCCAUUCACUAAUGUGUAUUUUGUUUGAAAUGGAUAUGCAAUAUUUUGGGGUUUAAAUCAUAUUCAUACCAUUUUUACUGGAUGUGUAAUAGAUAAUUUACAACCUUAGUAAUAGAUUAUAAAUAUCUCUGCUGAUACCUUAAUUUGACUUUUAGAAUAUCUCUUCUUUUUUGGCUUCUAUCUAGGCACUUUUUGCUGACAAAAAAACUAGUUUGUAUCUAACUAGACUGAUAAUUGUCACUUUGCUUCAUAACUUGGGAUUUAUUGAUGGGAUUCAACUUCUUUGCUUGAACAUCACAUCAGACAUCAACUUUGAUAGGGUAGAAUAUAGAAAAUAUAAUAUUUUGAACCAUGUAAUAAGCUCUAAAAUGAAUGGACUUCAAUGAGAUCUCUUUUCUUUACCUUUCAUGGGCCAACAGCUUUGUCAGUGUUGUUUUCUAGGCCUCUGGUCAAGGUAUUCCUCUGGGCCUUUGAUCAAAAGCACUUCAGAGGAAAUAGAUUUGGGAUUCUGCUCAGCAUGACUGACCUGCUGUCAUAGAGAAACAGUCUGUAUGUGUUGCUAUAGAAACACAGUAACAGUCUGUUGUCAUGGAGAUGGAUUCUACCUCUAAGUGGACAAUUGGGAAUAAGGAGAAUUCUAACGUUGGUUGGAAUGUUAGGACAGGAUCUGGGAAUGUUGGCUCUGGGAAUAGAACACCUUUGGAGUUUUAUGGAGUUUAUGUAUAUUGCGUUUUAAUAACAUUCUGUGUGGGUUGCUAUGGUUAAUGCCAACUGGGACUUUAUAAGAUGGCGAAUCAGAGGAUGUACUGAUAUGACCGAAUUUUAUGCUCUGGAAAGACAAAUCACAGAUUUUAAUAAGAGAAAUAUAAAAGAUUACGGAGGAUUAGUAGACUGGCAGGGACUGCAAGAUGAAGGAGAACGAAGGAGUGUAAGGAGCAUAGACUAGAAAGAGACAGCAAGUGGUUAGUUUGGAGGAAUGUCCCGUGACCCCUAAUGCCUACAGGGAGCAGGGACUUUUGGGAGAUGACAAGUGGAGAUUUUCCACAUUUACUAUUUCACCUUAGCAGUGAACCAAUGGGAGAGCUUUCAUUGUCUGAAUGCUUGGCCACUGAUUCACCAUGACGAUGACAAACAAAUACAGGAUGUGGAACACAGAAAGUGGAUGGGAAUGGGUCUGAAACCGCCCACGCCCCCUGCGCUGACCAAUCACAGGACAAUCUGAGCAACGCCUUUGAGCUUUUUGGGAAGUAUGGUCCUUUUUCCUGGCUUCCUUUUUUCCUUUUUUUUUUUAUUUUUAAUUUCUAAUUAUUUUAUUUGCUGUGUCCCUGCCGUGACUCUGCUUCUACAGAUAUACUUCUUGUAAUAUUGAGAUGACAUCAUCUAUAUGUAAUCUGCCUUGUGAUGUCAUCAAUAUUAACCUGCCCCCCCCCCACACCUGAAGCUGCUAUAAGGAGAAUCUAUAUGUUCGGAUCAUGUUAACCGCUUGUGUGUAUCUUGAAGUAUGUGUGUGGGUGUGGGAUGUUCUGAACACCUGUUUUUAUUAUUACCAUCCUGGUUGUUGUGAGGAGGCUGUGUGGGUGAGGGAGGUGGGGUGAGGAGCCUGAGUGGGGGAGGAGGCUGUGUGGGUGAGAGAGGCGGGAUGAGGAGCCUGGUUGAGGAGACUGAGUGGGGGAGGAGGCUGGGUGAGGGAGAGGCCUGGAUGGGGGAAGCUGGGAUGAGGCUGGGUGGGUGAGGAUGGGUGAGGAAGUGUGUAACUUUAAGACCCUUAGUAGAACUCUCAGGGUUCUGUGAAGUUCUAGAACUCCUCCUAGUGGCUCUAUGGACUGUAAAAAGAACUGACCUCCAACCCCUGACACUUUCAGGACCUCAGUAUCUACACAAUGACCACGCCUCCUUUAGCUGGUCUCUCUGGUUUCUUUCAUUUACUAUUCAAUCUCUGUCGAUAUUUUCUGCAUUGUUUUGUUUCCUCGUUAAAGCAGCAUGGAUGGUUGUGUGGUCUGGUCUGGGCUCAGACUGAAUCUGAUGACGCAACGAUGUGGCAAUAAAGAUAUACAUACUCAAACUGA